UUUCCUGCGGAAGUGUGUAUGCGGGUCAACCUGUGUUUGCGGAUGUGUGUUUAGCUUGAUGACAGCAGCCGGUUGAGUAGAUACUAUGGACGUUAAGGCAGAGGUUAUAGCGUCUUUAAGGAAAAACGACAUUGGAGACAAGUAUUCUCAUUUAUCCUCCGUAAAGAAAGCGUCAGUACUGAUUCCCCUUUUCCUGAGAGAGGGUCGGGUUCAUGUGCUGCUAACUGUGCGCUCUACUGAACUCAAACACAACCCCGGAGAGGUGUGUUUUCCGGGGGGGAAAUCUGAUCCACACGAUCGAGAUGAAAUUGAAACAGCGCUUAGGGAGGCAUUGGAGGAGAUCAGCCUUCCUCCUGAUGGAGUAGAAGUGGUUUGCAGACUCUGCCCAGUGUUGAAUGCGAGAGGCAUUCUGGUGACCCCAGUGGUGGCUUUCAUCAGUGACUCCUUCCAAGCAAGCCCAAACCCAGAUGAAGUGAGCGAGGUGUUCUCUGUGCCUGUGGAGUUCUUCUUGAAGGAGACUGAUCACUCGGCUUACCCUGUACCCAACAUAGCUGGAUAUACGCACAGUUUUAUCUACACUGACCCGGUCACUGACAAGAUCCAGCAGAUCUGGGGACUAACAGCCUAUCUGCUCAUACUUCUGGCUGUUCUUACUUUUAAAAAGAAUCCAGAGUUUGAAGUGGACUUUGAUUUUCAGAAUCCACUUGCUAACUUUCAGCAACACCUUAAACGUAGUUUAAGCAAGUUAUGACUAAUUUCAUUCAUAGAAUGAGGUGGAACAUGUGGCUUAUAACUAAAAUGUUUUCCUGGAAAUAAUAACUUUUUUUAAUGACUUCAUUCAUUCACCUUCAGUAUUGCUUUAUUCUGGUCAGGGUUGUGGUGGAUCCAGAGUCUGUCCCAGGACUUUGGACAUGAUGCCCACACACACUUUCACAUCUAGGGCAGUGUAACAUACUCACCUUCAUGUAGGUUUUUGGGAGGUGAGAGGGAACCAUAAAACCACAAAAGUAGAUAAGAAUCCGAAAUCACAAUCAAACCAUGGACCCCGGAACUGUGAGGCAAUAAUGUUGCCCACUGUGCCACAGUGCCGCCUUACAAUCCAUCCAUCCAUCCAUUUUCUCUAAAGCUUAUCCUACACAGGGUCACGGGGGAGCCUGGGGCCUCAGGGGACUAGCUGCACGAUGCAGGGUCACCCUGGACGGGGUGUCAACCCAUAGCAGAGAAUGAUCACACACUACAGACAAUUUAGAGGUGCCAAUCAGCCUACAGCUCAUGUCUUUGGAAUGGGGAAGGAAACCAGAAUACCCAAAGAAAUCCCCUGAAGUACGGGUAGUACAUGCAAAUUCUGUGCACACAGGGUGGAGACCGGAAUCGACCCCGCAGGUGCGAGGUAAACAUGCUAACCACUAAGCCACUGCGCGCCCCCCAUCCAACAAUCAGAUGCAUAAAUUCAAAUCAGCCCUAGAUUCAAAUUAGCCUAGACUAAUUUAGAAUACACUUUACUGAAAUGUUCGUUUGCAUUUUGUUAAUUUGCACAUCACCUUGGCUGCAAAACCCACAGGACCUAAAUGUCUGAAUAGAUCAUGAAAAUCCUGAAAAACAAAAAAUCACAGAGACAUUUUACAAGUAUAAAACUGAGCCUGGUGAUUCAAUACUGUAACCCAAUAUCUAAUGUAUGACUAAAACUUAAAAAGUUAAAAAGUAGCAUUUUAUUGCUAAUAUCAGGGAACAUUAUAUAUUUUGCACUUUUAUUAUUAUCACUGAAACCUUACCUGAUCAAGAUUGUAAAAUGACAUGCCAAGCCCUCAUGUAGAAUCAUAUUCUUAUAUAGACUAAUUUUGUGUGUCAGAAAUAAAAAAAUAUGUGAUCUCA